UGAUAACAUACUAUCAGUUUGGUUGCUAACGCGCAUUAAGUAACAUCGUUUCCAAUGUCCUUAUUUCGAUGCAAGCAUAUACUGUCUGCAUAUAACACCCUAAUUGCUUCCAGAGGAAUGGCUUCCGCAAGUAACUAUCUCAUUAACGAUCCAAAGUACUCAUUUCUCAAAGAUCUGGGUUUAAAACCUGUCAAUUACGGUGUAUACGAUGGAACGUGGAAAGGAUCAGGACCGGUCGUUCAAUCAGUAUGUCCAAGUAACGGCCGUGUGAUUGCCGAUGUAAAUCAAGGUACCAUACAAGAUUACGAAUCGUGCGUAAAAGAAUCGGAAAAGGCUUGGAAUGUGUGGGCAGACUUACCCGCCCCGAAACGGGGUGAAAUUGUUAGACAAAUCGGCGACGCAAUUAGGCAGCAACUAUUGCCCUUAGGACAGCUGGUUUCUUUAGAAAUGGGAAAAAUUUUGCCCGAAGGAAUCGGUGAAGUGCAAGAAUUUAUCGAUAUUUGCGACUAUGCCGUUGGACUUUCGCGUACGUUCGCUGGAGCAAUUUACCCUUCUGAAAGACCGGGGCAUGUUCUUCUAGAGAAAUGGAACCCACUUGGGAUCGUUGGUGUGAUAACAGCUUUCAAUUUCCCAAUGGCGGUGUAUGGAUGGAAUAGUGCUCUUGCAAUGGUGUGUGGUGAUACUUUAAUAUGGAAGAGUGCCGAAACAACACCUUUAAUUUCAGUGGCUACCACAAACAUUAUUUCCAAGGUGCUGGAAAAAAAUAAUCUUCCGGGUGCUAUUUCAUCUCUAUGCUGCGGCGGUAGUGAUAUUGGGAAAGCAUUAGCAGCAGACAAUAGAAUUAAGUUGUUGUCUUUUACUGGUAGUACUAAAGUCGGUCAGCAGGUUGGUGUGGAAGUCCAAAAAAGGUUUGGGAAACAUUUGCUGGAACUUGGAGGAAACAACGCAAUUAUUGUGGCAGAUGAUGCAGAUAUAAAUAUGGCUGUUCAAGCUAGUCUAUUCGCUUGCGUCGGAACAGCGGGACAACGUUGCACCACCACAAGAAGGCUAAUUUUACACAAAUCGGUGUAUGACGAAUUCCUCACCAAACUGAAAAAAGCGUAUCAUCAAGUAAUUGAUCGAGUGGGAGAUCCGCUGGAUGAAGGAGUGUUAGUUGGGCCCUUACACAACGAACUUGCCGUACAAAAAUAUCAAAGCACAAUUUCCGAAAUUUCAAGACAAGGAGGAACGAUCGAAUUCGGUGGCAAAAAAAUAGACAGACCUGGAUAUUUUGUGGAGCCAACAAUUGUUACUGGAUUAAAACAUGACAACAAAUUAGUACACGAAGAAUGCUUUGCACCCAUUGUGUAUGUAUUAAAAGCAGAAAAUGUGCAGGAAGGCAUUUCAUGGAACAAUGAAGUUUCCCAAGGAUUAUCUUCUAGUAUAUUUACUCAGAGUAUUGGAAACAUUUUUGAGUGGAUAGGACCUAAGGGUUCAGAUUGUGGUGUAGUCAAUGUAAAUAUUCCAACAUCAGGAGCUGAAAUCGGUGGUGCAUUUGGAGGUGAAAAACACACCGGAGGCGGACGGGAAUCUGGAAGUGACGCAUGGAAACAAUAUAUGAGACGCUCUACAAUAACCAUAAACCAUUCCAAGAAUUUACCGCUGGCGCAAGGAAUCAAAUUUGAAUAAUUAUAUUUAUUACAACAAAUUGUGUUCGUUGAUUUUUAUACAAUUUAAAAUAAAAAAAUCAUGGAUUUUUCGAUA